UCAGUUUCUGUUUUGCCAUUCACUGUUGUGGUGCACUCUCUUUCGAGGACCGUCUUUCAGGACUGUGAUUCAGUGAUAACGGAACAUCGGCAAAUUUUCCGGUGAUAAGUGCCCUAUUAAUUUGUUUAAAUUCAAUUCUGCCCAAUCAAACCGGUGAACCGAGGAGCAUCACCAUUGACCUCUUGGCCACACCUUUAUCUGGACAUCCAACAUUCAUCACCCUCGUCUCAUCAGUCACGGAAGGAACGUCGAGAUGGUCGGUUGCAAGGUGUGAUUAUCUUUCUUGGUUUUAUUGCACAAAGUUUUCCGUCAUUCAAAAGUGGUUUAGUUGGCGUAUUGCUCUCUCUCUACUUAGCAUUACACAUUAUGCUAAUUGCACUGGACCGUUUUACUAUAGUGCUUGGAAUGUUUUCCACUUUGGUGUUUCUCACGUUGUUCCUGUUCUUUUGCACCUCGUCGAUAUCUACUCUGUCAACUACGGUAGCGGUGGACGGAGGAGACAUUCCUUUGCUUCCUCCGUCGUCAGAUCCUCUGCUUGGCGCUGUAGUGGCAAGCCGUGGUGAUGAGUUCCCCCCACUGAAGAAUGAUAACCUGCUUCGGGCGGCCCGCGGAGAACCGGUAGAUCGCGUCCCGGUGUGGGUAAUGCGUCAAGCCGGCCGAUACCUGCCAGAGUUCCAGGAGGUCCGUGCCAAGCAUGACUUCUUCGAAGUUUGCCGAACCCCAGAGUUGGCCUGUGAGGUCACUAUGCAACCGCUGAGGCGUUUCGAUCUCGAUGCAUCCAUCAUAUUCUCCGAUAUCCUCGUCAUUCCACAAGCGCUUGGGAUCACAGUAGAAAUGCACAAGGGUGUUGGACCGGUCCUGCCACAGCCCCUAGUGACCCCAGAUGAUUUGGAACGACUUAACACAACUGGAUCCAUCGAUCGGUUGAAAUACGUUGGGGAUGCCAUCACUAUGAUGCGACACAUGCUGGAUGGGAAAGUGCCUUUGUAUGGAUUUACUGGAGCCCCUUGGACCUUGAUGGGCUAUAUGAUCGAAGGUGGUGGAAGCAAGACAAUGUCCAAGGCAAAAGCUUGGCUUGAAAACUAUCCAGAAGCCAGUACAAAGCUUCUGAACUUACUAACCGAUCAGAUCGUAGAUUACUUGCUAAUGCAGGUCAAAGCGGGAGCCCAAAUUCUCCAAGUAUUCGAGUCAAGUGCCGAGCAUUUGUCCAAGGAGCAGUACCUGAACAUUGCCUUGCCAUAUUUGAAGCGAAUUCGGGACGAUCUACAUAAGAAGUUCGCCGAAGAAGGCGUCACUCCGGUUCCGAUGACACUUUUCUCCAAGGGCGCCAUGCACUCCCUAACGGAACAAGCCCAGACUGGCUACGAUGUCAUUGGGUUGGAUUGGACAAUCGAUCCGGAAGAAGCACGGAAACUGGCGGGCCCGAACGUAACUCUUCAGGGCAACCUCGACCCUCAGGAUAUGUACAAGUCGCCGGAGGAGUUGCGAGAACUAGUGCUGACGAUGGUGAGGAAGUUCGGAAAGCAUCGAUACAUUGCCAAUCUGGGUCAUGGAAUCACGCCGCAAACGCCUGUCGAAAGCAUGAGUGUACUUGUGCAAGCAGUGCACGAUGCAUUGUAAAUUGCACCACCUAUAUUUCUGUUUUCUUUGUUAAGAAGAUCAUGUUCAAAGUUGUUAAAAGCAGUGCAUUUUUUCUAUAGCAUGAACAAGCGUUAGUGACGAAUAAAUUCGGUUAUGGUAGAAAA